GGACUUUUUAAAGACACUUUUCCACCUGUUGCCUUGGCAGAGGAAGAAAAAGAGGUGACUGCAGGAACUUCAUAGGAAACACACACAGAAGUGUACACACACAGUGGCUCACGCUGGGCGGUGAUAAAGUGCAGGGGUUAUACUGGUGAUGGGCCAUUCUCAGAGACACCUAGAGACAACAGCAGCUGCACACACACAACCCUGUGAGCAUCUACACACACCGUCAAGAAUGGUUGAGCCCAGCCCUCCAGCACUGCACCUCCUCUCCAGCAGGGAUGUCAGCAUGGCGGGUGUUGAUGUCAAAGUAGAACAGGAGGAGUCCAGCGGCGGAGGUGGAGCCAUUACCAACACUGAACCUCGUAAGACGUCCCCCUCACGCGAUUGGUCCGGAAAUCAUCCACUGGAGGCCCGCCAGUUGACGCCGCCGCUCUCCUGCUCCCCUUCGGAGGGCUCUCCAGGUAAGGAGCUGCCUCACAGGCAAAGCCCCAUGGGACUGAAGGAGGCCAGGACACAUGAUAGACCAGAGGGACAAUCCAACUUCAAGGAAGUAAUGCCUACCAUUGAGAAGCUGCUGAAUGUUGACUGGAAGGAGAAACUUCUGGAUAAAAGCACAGUGGGGGCAGGACAACUGAAAGGUACCCAGGAGUCUCUGGCAGAGAAGGAGCUCCAGUUGUUGAUGAUGAUCAACCAGCUGAGCGGUCUGAGGGAGCAGCUACUGGGAGCCCACUCUGAGCAGAGGAACAUGGCUGCCUUGCUGCUGGAGAAGCAGCAGCAGCAGAUGGAGCUGGCUCGACAGCAGCAGGAACAGAUCGCCAAGCAGCAGCAGCAGCUGAUACAGCAGCAGCACAAGAUCAACCUGCUUCAGCAGCAGAUCCAGCAGGUGAACAUGCCCUACGUGAUGAUCCCGGCUUUCCACCCCAACACCCAAUCCCUCUCUGUCACCUCUGACCCCCAGAUGACUUUGCCACUGCAACCAAUCCCCUGCAAGCCAGCUGUGGACUAUCCCAUGCAGCUGCUGCAGAACCCUCACCCCACCCCCGUGAAGAGGAGCAGUGGUUCCUUCCGACAGGAAGCCAGUCAGCCCCUGAACCUGACCUCCAAGCCAAAGGGGCUGGAGCUGGGGAAAACACCCAGUCCACAGAGCAUGGAGCUGGGAUCGCUGGCGCUGCAGGGGGCCUACAGGCACAGAGAUCUCCACAGAGAAGUGUCCCACAGCCCGCCACGAUCUGCCCUCAGUUUCCUCGGAGACGGCGACGUGGUCACCCAGGCCAUCCAUGAUGCCCAGCGGCUCCUGAGGAGCCACAGCACCGGCGGGCGAGAGAGGGAGAGGGACAGGGAGAGAGAGCGAGACGGUGGCGGGAAGAUGGAGUAUAAAGAGUCUCCCCGCAGCGAGAGAAUUUCUCACUCCGAGCGGGGUGAGGACAGACACGGCCUGCCGUCCACUGAGGACCACCUCAGCAGCGACUCUGAGGGUGCUCUGCCUGUCUCGGCCCCAGGCAGCUACGCCGAGGCCCGACCCCCUCCCUCCUCGGGCCACAUCAAGAGACCCAUGAACGCCUUCAUGGUGUGGGCCAAGGACGAGCGCAGGAGGAUCCUGCAGGCCUUCCCCGACAUGCACAACUCCUCCAUCAGCAAGAUCCUGGGCUCCAGGUGGAAGGGCAUGUCCAACCAGGAGAAGCAGCCGUACUAUGAAGAGCAGGCGAGGCUUAGCAGGCAGCAUCUGGAGCGCUACCCGGACUACAAGUACAAACCCCGGCCCAAACGGACCUGCAUCGUGGAGGGACGGAGGCUGAGGGUGGGCGAGUACAAGGCCAUGAUGAAGAGCCGCCGGCAGGAGCAGAGAGCAACCUACACACACAGUCAAACGGAACCACAGCAGAUCCACUACUCCCACAACGACGGCCAGUACCCGGGGGGCGCCGGCUCGGUCUCGGUGGCGACCAUGCCCUUUCACCCUGCAUUACUGGAGCAUUACCUGCCGCAGGUCCCUCAGGCGCCGCGCCGAGCCGAGGGCCACGCCACACCCACCUCCUUGCCCAGAGAGAGGGAGCGGGAGCGUGAGCGCGAGCGGGAGAGGCCUACGUACAGCGAAGGCGAGGAAAGCGACGGUGGAGAGAGGAGCGAGGGGGAACUGGUGCUCUUGACAGACUGAAGGGGGGAGGGAGGGGUCAGGGAGGAGGAAAAAGGAAAACGGAGGUGAGGGAUGAGGAGAGGAGGAAGGGUAGCUAAGGAGGAAGGGUGCUUUGUUGACUGAUAGUCAGAGGAGAAGAAUGGAGGAUGAACAGGAUUGCCUCUGUUAGACAAAAGUGAAGAGAUGUGGUCAUACACCCUUGUAAAUUAGUUGUUUUCCCUGCACCACACACACAUACACACACACACGUAAAGGCAAGCUCUUAUCUUACUCUUUUCCCUUCAUAGACAUGUCAUCAGCUGCUUUGUUUUAGAAUACAGAAGUUAUAUUGAAGUUAUAAUGUAGAAGGUUUAUCACUUAAUCCCUUAUGUUUCUCGUCAUCCUCCCAUGUUGCCAAACAGAAGCCCCCACAGGGGCACAUUCAAUGGAGGAAAGUGUAAACUAAACCUCACAAGUUCAAUAGAAUCCCUGUUUUCACCUGUUAGACAGCUGAGGGACCUCAGAGCGGCUGCUCUCUGGUUGGAGCAACAGGCCCGUGAUGGAGCUGUGUGUUAUUAGUAUGUCAGUACUGCCCCCUGCUGGUAACAGCUGGUUAUUACUAAAUGAAGACAACCAGAGGAGUAAGGCUUUAUAUCAUUGUACUGAAAACACUGACAUAUUACAGCUAACUCACCGAACUCAUGGUUCAGAUUGUCUGGAAAGCGUGCACCUGGAAUUUGCGAGUCAAAAGUCAAAUUUGAUCUUUAAGGAUAAUCUGAUUUUUGUUCCCUUGUAUGGUUUAAGCUCCAAAACACACACUGGAUCCUACUCUUCCCAUAAUGCAACUUGAUAAAGUUUUUCAUUAGACCCUCCCUGCCCACUAUGUUUCAGACUGAUGACAUUGUCAGGGUUAUCUUUCAGAUUUGGGAGUGAUCCCUCCAGUUUUUAUAGAGUAGUAAACUGAACUUAAUGUUUAAUAUUACUGGAGUGCCCCUUUAAUAAAUCAAAUCUAAUUGGAAUCACAUCCCAGCAGCCAUUAGGAGCAUUGUUCGCUUUAAGCUAGAGUUGGGUGACAAAUCCAUUAAAUCUAUUGAUUUGAAUUUCAUCAGUGUGUAACAUUUAGGAGGAUCUAUUGGCAGAAAUGGAAUAUAAUAUUAAUAGUUUUCAUUGAAUAAUCAACUGAAAAUAAGAAUGGUGUUUUGGUUACCUUAGAGUGAGCUAAUAUCUACAGACGCUGCAGGUCGCCUUCCAUGGAGUCCGCCAUGUUGAGCCGCCGUCGCAUUCUCUGCACACUUCACAGCCAGCGCAGUUUCUCCUUCGUGCUUAGAAGGGAGGAGUUUGAAGCAACUAUACAGUUAGAUGCCAUUAAAUCUUACACACUGCACAAUAACAUUUCCCCAUAGUAUCCUAUAAGAGAAGAAGGGGCCGCAGUGAUAAGACAUUACUGACACGGUGAUGUUUCACAUGUCUUUUGUAGUCUGAGAUUUUCACCCAGCCCUACUUUAAGCUCAUACAAUAUGUCUUUACAUCUGUCUCACUGAAAGAAAUCCUGUCCGGAUUAUCAUUUCUGGAGAUUAGGUCUUAUCUUGUUUGUCAGCACCAACGGAACAAAUGUUCUAGUUAAGGAACAGUUAAGGGAUGUCUCAUCGCAACUAACAGUUUUCAAUCACACCGCCAGCCAGUUAGAUUAUAUGUGAGAAGCUGCAUCGCAGAUAAUAUACAGUAAACCAACAAUCAAACCCCCCUCUUCCUCGUCCUCCCACAUCAUACUGUUCAGCUGAGCUGUGCUGUAUAUGCUGUAUCCGUGUGUCUAUCAGUUCCCUCUCCAUAGCAUGGUGGGUUGACCUCAGCCUUGCCUAUUUUUUUAUACCUCUGUGUUUGCUUCUUUGAGUGUUAAUUGAUUGUCGUGUUGAGCACCUCCUAUCUGUGUAUCCCAAUGUGUUUUUUUUUUUGCUGCUUUUGAGUUGCAGCCUCCCACAGCACUGCAGAAAAUAUCCACAUAUACACUCUAUACAUAUAUAUUCUUUUUUUUAAUCUGGAAAAAUGACUCGCAAUCGCCAUCGUCUUGGUACGAGUAUGUUGGGCCUCGUUCUAAGAUACUGACAUACAGAUUUCUUUUCUGAAGCGCCACUGGAAUUAGUUUCAGAUUUGAAGACUGAAAGUGAAACUAAAUGACAUUUUUGCAGUGAUAGAUCAAUCGGCCUCAUGUUAGAAUUAAGGUGAAGUUUGAUCUGAAUAGGCUACACUGUCUAAUUAUCUUUUAUUUUCCUGUUCACACAUCACAUUUCAAAUGGGAGCGGAAGCUGCCGUUCAUUGGCUGGAUGUACUACCCCUCUCUAAUGGUGGAUACAGAGACAGAGAAAGGGUCAAUUAAUGGUUAUGAGCUUGUUGACAGUGAGAGAAAUAUACAAAGGUUUUGAGUGACUGAACCACUGGUCGAUUUUAUGAGAACAAAGAUACCAAAAUCAUCCACGAGUCCUCAGUACAUCAUCGGUGCUAACAAUUCUGCUUACCGAGCGAUAUUAGGCUCCAUAUUAGCACUUAGCAGGCCUACACUAUGUUCUUUGAUAGUGAGGCUGCAUUCACUGAUGGUUGGAGUUACUUUAUCGCUGCUUGUUGCAGAAGUAUGCUGAAAGCUUGUGUUUUAAUGACGUACAAGUAAAAGUAAUAUUUGUGUGCUGUGAGCUAGCUGCUAGUGAACUGUGUACAUGAAAACACAUUCAACUUCCCAAGUAAGAACACUGAUUUAACAGUUUUCCUUGUAGGAAAAAGGAAAUCCUUAGUUCCAAUAAUAAAUAAUGGCAAGCUCAAUGCUAAUGAUGCUACAGUUUAGCAUACACCGUCUUUAUUGAUUUGAAUAACAAGCUACAGACUUUAAAGCCAAAUGGUGAGUUAUCUUAAAUGAACUGUAGCUUAAUUUGUAGUUGUAUGUAAUAAAGUGGUACAGUUUAAUCAAAACGUAAGAGAAAAAAUGUUACUAACUGGCAAGCUAGAAUGUUUAGCUAACAGCCUGGUGCUAUUAGCCUGUAGGAAUCUGUGGCUAACAGUUUCGAGCACAUAGAUCAUUUUGGUGUUUUUGUUCUCAUCGCUCAAUGACCACAUUGACCGAUGGACAGUUCAACUACAACAUAAUGUACCUAACACUGGGGUCAAUCCACCUGUAGUUAACUGGUAGCUAACUUUUAGCUAACUGUAAGAUUGACUAAUCAAAAUAGCGGGAAAAGACUUCACUAUAUACAAUCAUGGUCAGGGCUGUGUAAAGUAAAGAUGCUGGCUUUUGUGCACAGAGACGGAUAUCAGAGGAAAAUAUCGUAUUUUAGCGGAGACGCGCUGAGGAGCCACCUGUCGUUACCCCUGCUGAUGUAAAUAUAGAAAGAGACUUUAUUUUGUUUAUAAGAGCCUGUGUAAUUUAAAGGUGUAUGUUUCUUUAUGUUUUCAGAGUUUUGUGUUGUUGGUUUUUUUCUUGAAAGACAAUAAAUUGGUUGUGUUAA